AUGAAUUCUUCAUCUUACCAUUACAAUGCGUCGGGGGGUCUGAGUUACCGAGACUCUUCAAGCACAGCUGUGACCAAAAAUGUGAUCAUUCUGGCUCUUGGCUUUACCAUCAACUAUAUCAAUGGCACACUGAUUCACGUCUUCAGGAAACACCAGAUAUUUUAUGUGAGCCCUCGCUACAUCCUGUUCAUCCACCUGGUCUUGAAUGACAUGAUCCAGCUCACUACGACUAUCAGCCUGUUCGUCUUUAGCUAUGUCUUCUACAAAAUCAACACUUCCCUCUGUUGUCUCAUCAUUACCUUUGCGGUCUUCACCACCCUCAACACUCCAUUAAAUUUGGCUGUCAUGGCCAUGGAGUGCUACAUCGCUAUUUGCUUACCACUGCGGCACGCCGAGUUCUGCACCAUCAAAAGAACAUAUAUUCUGAUUGGCUGGAUUUGGGCCUUGAGCGCAGUCUCGACCCUGCCAGAUGUGUUUAUUGUCCUGGCAACAGAGCCGGUGCAUUUGUUUUACUCUGCCAUUUUUUGUGAGAGGGACAACCUCUUCCGACACCCUGUAAGUUUAAAGAAGAGGGACGUUUCCUACAUAGUUUACUUCAUUGGUGUUUGGCUCACGCUCUUUUACACUUACUUCAAGAUCUUCUUUGCUGCCAGAGGAGCUAAAGAGGCUAAAUCGGGAGACGGAGGCGCAAAGAAGGCCAGGAACACAAUCCUGCUUCACGGCUUUCAGCUGCUGUUGUGUAUGCUAACCUAUGUCGGCCAUGUGUUAAUAAAGGCUCUGUCGUACUGGUUCCCUAAACAUUAUGUACAUGUGGUCUUUGUUUGUUAUAUCAUCAUCCAGAUCCUCCCUAGGUUCAUCAGUCCUAUCGUGUACGGGCUACGAGACAAGACGUUUUGCAAGCACUUGAAAAGGUAUCUGCUGCGUACAGUGGGAGCAUGCGUCAAGCCACGGACCCCUGUGAAAUUCAUGUUCCUGUACUAG